AGUCCGUUCACUUCAGCGUCUCAAAGUCAGUUUGGUGAAAUUCUCCCAAACUGCAAGGACUGUACUGCAUUAGAUUCCGCCUCAUCAGUUAUGAAUUCUUUCCAGGAGUCUCAAUCUGAUUUGGAGGUGAUCUUAGAGUUCCUAGAGGAGUACUACAGACAAAACACUGCAGAAAAAGUGGACGAGGUGUACAGGAUUGCAGGUGUGCCUGUAGAUGAAAGAUGUGCACCUGUGGAUUCAUGCGAGCAGCGCUGGACGUGCUAUGAUCCACCUAUAAUCAAACAUGAACUUCAGUCUCUGCUGGCACACGACACCCAACCAGCUCUCAGCCAGAACACAACAGCAACCUUGUUUGAGCGUGGGGCACUGCCAAACUUUGUAUCAACAAGGCAACCAACAAAACACACAGCGGGGAGUGGUGGAAAGGUGCGCCUCUUUCACUUUCUGUUUGAGAUGUUGGAGGAUCCGAACAUGGCCCACUGUGUGUCCUGGGUGCCAGCAGCCGGCGGCGUUUUCCGCUUUUCCUCCACGAACAAGGACCAGGUGGCGGCGCUGUGGGGGCAGAGAAAGGGCAACAAGAGGCUCAUGACUUACCAGAAGAUGUCCCGCGCCCUCAGGAACUACGCCCGGUCCGGAGAGAUCUUCAAGGUGAAGAAGAAGCUCACCUACCAGUUCAGCCAAGAGACACUGAUGUUACUGCGGAAGUGUCAACGAGGAGAUCUGUAA